AUAUCAUUGGCAGUGUCGUCACACGUCUCCCAUUUCCCGCCAAAACAAGUGGAGUUGCCGCUAUUUAACCUGCAUGUUUCAAUCCUCCCGAGGCUCUUCAUUUGAAACCUUUAUCUCUCACGCACACUCUCACUACCACCGAACACUAAUCGUUUGGACAUGGAUAUGGAUACGGACAUGGACAUUCCUCUCCCCGAAGAACUCGAAUUGCUCGAGUCAAAUUCUCACUUCCCCGAAGACCAAGAACUCGAAUUGCUCGAAUCAAAUCCUCACUUCCCCGACUUCGACCCACAACAAUCAGAUCUCGCUAUUCCUUUGGAAACCAAAACCGACGGCCACAAGCGAUCGCGAUCGAGUUCCGAUUCAGAAGAGGAGGAAAGAGCGAAGGUUAGGGUUACGGUUGAGGAUUGGCUACGGUACUCUCCUCCACCGGUUCUGGUGGAACAUGAAACGAAAUUUUUGAAGGAGAAGACGCUGUCGAGGUUCGCCUCUGAGAUCGACGGGGAGUGUAUGCCGGUUACUGCCCCCAACGGUGACAGGGUUUAUGCGAAGCUCAAUCGGUUCCAAGGAGAGGAGCACGUCACGAAGCUCGAUUGCAAAGGAUAUUCUGCUGAGCAUAGUUCAGAACCAAUUAGUGUUAUACUAGAGAGGUUGGAGCAAGAGGCUUUCGCCAAGGCCUUGGAAGUGAGCUCUGAAGGCCAAAGUGUUCUAGAUAUUCCUGAAACACGAAUGGUCCAUAAGCAACUUUGGGUAGAUAAAUAUGCUCCGAAAUCGUUUACUGAGCUUCUCAGUGAUGAACAAACAAAUCGCGAGGUACUCUUGUGGUUGAAACAAUGGGAUUCUAUUGUGUUUGGAUCUGAAAUUCGAAGCACAUCUGAUAAUGUUUUGACCGCCUUGAAAUGGCAUUCUUCUAUUGUCCACAAUCAGAAAUCUUUGAAUUCAAAGUUUCAAAGGAUGAAUGGAGGAUCCAAAUGGAGUAGUGGGGGAAGGUAUACAAAUUCUAGAAGUAUGGAUGAGAGUGGUAGUUCAAAGAGUAUUCAAGAUGCAUGGGAUGCAAAGACAAGGAAUAUUAGUCCACCAGAAGAAAAGAUACUUCUACUGUGUGGACCACCAGGUCUUGGUAAAACAACAAUUGCACAUGUAGCUGCUAGGCACUGUGGAUAUGAUGUGGUGGAGGUUAAUGCAAGUGAUGAUCGUUCUGCAUCAAGAAUUGAGGCUAAAAUUCUUGAUGUGGUUCAGAUGAACUCUGUCUUGUCUGAUUCAAGGCCAAAGUGUCUGGUGGUGGAUGAAAUUGAUGGAGCUCUUGGUGAUGGCAAGGGUGCAGUGGAGGUUCUUCUAAAGAUGAUUUCUGUCAAAAGGAUGUCUGAUGCAGGGAAGCAAAGUUUGGGCAAAGGACAACUGGAAAGGAAGUCGUUGAAAAAGGGUCAGAAAACAGCAUCACUGUCAAGACCUGUGAUUUGCAUUUGUAAUGACCUGUAUGUACCUGCCUUAAGACCAUUACGUCAGGUGGCCAAGCUGAAAUAUAUAUGUAACAAGGAGGGGAUGAAAGCUAGUGCAGUUGCACUCACUGCUCUAGCAGAAUAUACAGAAUGUGAUAUACGAUCAUGCUUGAACACACUUCAAUUUCUUUCCAAGAAGAAAGAAACCCUCAAUGUGUUUGAUAUUGGUUCCCAAGUUGUUGGUCAGAAGGACAUGUCAAUGAAUGUUCUAGACAUCUGGAAAGAGAUUUUCCACAGGAAAAGAACAAAAAAGAUGGAAAGAAAAUCUCUUAGAGACAAGUCCUUUGAAUUUGACUCCUUGUACUCCCUAAUGUCGAACCGUGGGGAUAAUGACUUGAUUCUGGAUGGAAUUCAUGAAAAUGUUGUGCAGCUCAAUUAUCAUGACCCACUGAUGCAGAAAACUGUCAAGUGCUUCAACAAUCUUGGAGUUUAUGAUCUAAUGCAUCGAUAUAUAUGUCACACACAACAAAAUCCCCUUUAUGUUUAUUUGCCCCUCAUAGCUGUUACUGUACAUCAAAUAGUAUCUCAAGUUCAGAAACCCAAAAUUGAGUGGCCAAAGUCAUAUCAAAGAUAUCGUACAAUAAUGAUGGAAAAGAUGGACAUUUUGAAUACCUGGCACCAUAAAAUCCCACCGCAUAUUGCAAGGCACUUAUCAGCUAGUACCUUUGUUGAAGAUUUAAUUUCUCCAUUGUUGCACAUUCUGUCCCCCCCAGCACUAAGACCGGUGGCAUUACAGCUAUUAUCAGAUACGGAGAAUAAUGAUCUUGCUCAAUUAGUUAGCACAAUGAUAUCAUACAGAUUAACAUAUAAGACUAUGAAAUCAACUAUGCUGCCUCGUACCCUGAAAAGUGAAGUGGCAGAUGAUUUGGCACUGUCACUUGUUCCUCCAAUCAGUGACUUCAUAAAUUUCAAGGAUUAUACCUCAAACCAUUUUAUGCUUUCCUUAGCUAUGAAGCAGGUUUUGGUGCAUGAGGUUGAAAAGCAUAAAAUUUUACAAGUUAAUAUUGACAAACCUGUGGCUUUAUCAAAUGGAGAGCAUGAAGUUAUUGAGACAGGAACUAAAAGCAUCUCAUUAGCCAAUACCAAUCUUGCUGCUGAAGUUGAUGUGAAAACCAUUGAAAAUCAGGUUGAUAAUAAAGCAUGGCAGUUAAAUGCAAAUCUCACAACAGUUCCAAGUCCAAGUCCAACAAACAGUGCAAAAAUACUAAACUUGGAAAAUAUGAAAAAAUUAUCCAGUAGUUCCUCCAGUUUCUUUGACAGGUUUAAAAGGUUAAAUGAUAGAUCUCUACAGAAAGAAGCUACAAUGGAUAAAGAUCAACACCCUUUACUUUUUAAAUUUAAUGAGGGCUUCACCAAUGCAGUAAAGAGGCCAGUUCGUAUUCGUGAAUUUCUAUCCAAAUAAUGUCAUUAGCAUGUAAUGUUUAUUUCUUCACCCUAGAUUAACUCCGUAGAUUAACCCUACGAUUACAUCGUGCUCUGAUGGGGUCUAACUACCUACUUUGGUCAAUACUCAUGAUCUUUUUUGUUCAUCAUUUAUUUACACUUCAAGAAAAGAAGGGAAUGGUGUGGCAGAUAAGUCAACCAAGCUAGAUGUCAGUGAUUACAGUUUACACAUUGAAGAACUAAUUUGUUCACCGAAAGCAAAUUUACAAUAAUUCCCUGCCAAAUCUUCAUGUGCAUUUCUAUAUCUAAUCAAACCCGUUAGUUACCAUCUAAUACAGAAGUAAAGGACCAAGAAUUGUGUAUUUGUUCACCUGAUAUCUUUUUUCAUCUCUGGGUGUUUUAGUCCUGGGAGAGCACUAAACUAAGCAAUAUUUUGUAGCCUAACAAACAUUUUAUGCUUAAUUGUAUUUAUAAGACCUUU